AUGCAGGAUCUCGAGCUUCUGCACUUCUACACAACGACAUACUCAGAUAACUUCUUCGAAAAUCCGAAACUCCUCGAAAUCUACAGGACGACAGUCGUACAGCUGGCCUUCGACUAUCCCUUCUUGAUGCACGAGAUAAUGUCUGUCGCAGCGCUGAAUCUCGCCAUUCUCAGGCCACAGAAACGAACUUCCUAUCUCCAUUUAUCAGAUACACAUGCUGCGACAGGACUUUCCCUCUUUCAAAUAGAAGUAUCGAAACUCAACGAGCACAAUUGCCAUGCUUGUUUAGCUUUCUCGGCUUUGAUCUUCACAAAUGCAUGGGCUUCCCAGGAUGUCAAUAAACCAUCAACGCUAUUCUUUUCUGCGUCCAGUGGCGAAGAGGACUAUGAGCAGAUCAAAUGGAUUAAGUUACAGCGCGGCACCAAAACCCUGAUCAGUACAGCAUGGCCCAGUCUUGUGAAUGGACCCUUAGCAGCGAUGUUCGUACCAUGGAAGGGUCUGGAUCCAAACAGACCGGACCCCUUACCAGAGGAGGAAGAGAGACGCUUCCAGGAGUUAGCAGAGUCAUGGUUCACGGUUCCAGAAGAAAAGAAGACCAUCUUGGAUGGAGCACUGAAGCAGACGAGGAGGAUAUUCAGUAUGUUAGAAGCCUUUCCAGAACAGAGCAGGAUUGAAAUUAUCAUGGCUUGGUUUACCGCAGUUUCAGAUGAAUACCUGGACUUGUUGGAGCAAAAAUUUCCGCAGGCAAUGCUUAUUGUCAUGUAUUACUGUGUGGCGCUACAGCUUUUAGAUAAUGCUUGGUGGAUGAAAGGGAAGGCAGAGAAUCUGUUGCAGACGAUGAUCGAUGUUCUAGGAAGCGGUUGGGAGAGAUGGACGAGAUGGCCGAUUGAGAAGGUUUUCAAUAGACAAGUACCACCGUUCUAG